AUGGCAAACUCCCACAAGACGGCGCAGGACGUCAUCGCCGCCCUCAACCUGGCACCGCACCCAGAAAAGGGCUACUACGUCGAGACGUUCCGCGACGCAAACACGUCUCCUGACGGCCGCGCACCAAGCACCUACAUCUACUACCUCCUAGAGGGCGAGUCAGGCCCGUCCCACUGGCACCGCGUGCUCGACGCCGUCGAGGUCUGGCACUACUACGCCGGCGCGCCGCUUCGGCUCUCGCUGUCCUGCGACGACGACGCCCAGCCCGUCCGCGACCUGCUCCUCGGCCCGGACAUUUGGGCCGGCCAGCGCCCGCAGAUUGUCGUUGACCGCGGCCAGUGGCAGCACGCCCGGUCCCUGGGCGACUGGACCCUCGUCGGCUGCUCUGUCGCGCCCGGCUUUGAGUUUGCCGGCUUCGAAAUGGCCGAGCCCGGCUGGGAGCCCAAGGGGGCGGCGUCGUCAUAG